AGUUGAUUUUAUUACACUUUGGUUAAAUAAAUGAAAGUCAGUAGCAAUCCUAAAAGUGAGUACACCACAUUUAUAGAUCUGAAACACUAGAACUUGCUCUGAAAAAUGCACAGGGGUGGUGUAAAGUAUUCUUGUAAAUCACAGGUAUGAUCCUUUAAUGCAUUACAUCAGUAUCUGAUAAAAGCUGCCCAAUCAGCUCGUUCUCUGACUCUCGCUCCUGCUGGGUCCGACUCCGGUCCUCUAACUCUCCAUCUUUCAUUUCAGAGACAGAGCUGGGAGGAAUAGGACGGGUCAGACACUCUCCAGUUCACCACCCUGACCACACACACACACACACACACACACACACUCACUCACAGAAGAUCGAGCUCAGCCUGAAAUGCACAGACUGAAUCCUGACUGUUGGGUUUGGUCGCCCGGACCUCCUCCUCUGUGUCGCCCUCCUCAACACUCAGGGAGCCUCGCCUCAGGCAUGCUGAGCCACCAAGAAGAGGAGGAGGAGGAAGAGGAGGAAGAGGAGGCAGCAGAGCAUCAUGCUGUUUUCUGCUACACAACAAGUGACGUCAUCAGUCAGGCUGCUGAUGCUCAGUGGUCCAUCUCUGAUCCCCCCGUUCACUCAGGGAUCCCCUGCAGCUCUGGCCUGGCCGGACGAGGCCCCGCUGCUCCUCCCUCAGGGCCGCCAGUGAUCGAUUGUGACCCGGGAGACUUAUCCCAGCAUGUGAUUGGUGGUUGCUGCUGGGAGGGUCCGGGCAUGGAGACCCAAGGAUGUGUAUGUGUCUAUGGGCAGAGGGAACCAGAAGGUCUGGGCCCCUGCUGGUCUGGAUCUCCAUACGUUUACUACGGAUUGAGGACGAACCUGGUGGUUGGAGUGGAGGUGGUGGAGGAGGUUGCUGUUGAAGACACCGUAGAAGUAAUAGGACAUAUAUACAGAUGAUCUGCUGCAUCCUGGGCUGCUGCAAGACGACCAUCUGUAUCCCACAUGAACCCAUGUUCAGUGUGUCCGGUUCAGACUUUAUACACUGUAAACAAAGAUAUUGUUCACAUUACUGUCAGAUUUGCUUGUAUUUUAUAUAUUUAUCCUAUUUACCUUUAUCCUAUUGCCAUGUUUGUCUUUCAUAUGCUACUUUUUGUAAAUAAAACCCAGUCAAAUGUGAUUUAGAAAACAAAAAAAUGACUUAUUUAGCUUUUUGUUUUAAUAUAGGUCCGUGCAUGAAGUAUAAUUCUUCUGCAGUUGUUCACGUUGUAUAAUGAAAAAUGCCAGUUGAGGGGGUAUUGCCUAAUUUCAUUGUCCGACCUGUGCUAAAUGUAAAUGUAUGAUGACAUUUAUGAGCUCGUUAUUCAUUAGCCGAUGCGGCCUAAACAGUG